UUUCAAUUUUCUUAAUUCUGAAAUUCUUGAGGUCCUGACCUCCGGCUAGAUCAGUCAAAGAAUCGACGCCCUUCGAUUGAAAUUCCUAGAUCCGCACAAAUAUCUCAGCUCUCAUCUAAUGAGAACUUCCACACAAAUUGACAGUACCAAAGUCGUAUUUCUCAAUUCCCCCCAGAGUAAAGCCGUCAGUGUCACUUCAAUCCGAGCAAUUACCUCGAAAAACCAAAUGGCCCGAAUACAUAUUACAAUCAAGGUGAGAAGAUUAGUGAAACUGUAUCUUGAUUGAUCAACAAAAAGCGACGAAAAUUAGUUUAUUAUCAAAACCAUGUUUGUUACCACAACAAAAGCCAAUGGAAUUUACCGAGGCAGGACACGCCACUCAGAAAAAUCAUAGCUCAAGGUAGCGAAUUGUCGAUCACUCACCACCGUCUAGCUUCUUCAUGCGUUAGGAAAAUUAUUUUUCGACCGAACGUCUUCACUUCUAUCAAAAGAUGUAUCAAAAACAAUUCCAGGAAUUUUUUUCUCUUAUUUUUUUUUGAUUGAAAAUGGGAUAAUUUUCACGGCUGUAAUUUUCCAACUUUAUAGUUCAAUUGCUGGCAACUCUUAUCAAAUUGUCGAUAAAAAAAAAGAUCGAAAUCGGCAGUGAAGUGUUAAGCGAGAUAAAUGAACUUAUCCCCAUCUAGAAAAUUAGAGGAAGAAAAAAUCAACUUCACAACAAUUCUUCUUUGAAAUAAUAAUAAACAACCGAGACCGAAGACUCACUGAUUUGUCUGAUUUGACUGCUUCAGUAUCGAGAUGAAGGAGUAAAAUCGAUUAGCUAAUAAUCUUGCACCUAUUUGACAACAGAGCCUAUUAAUUCUAUGAUAAAAAAUCCAAAGACACUGGAAUCCUACAUUUUCCUGCUCUGUUGUCCCUGGGAAACGGUCAUAUUUCUUCCUAUCUCCACCUCAUUAGAAUACUCGUCACCCAGAAAAUCAUCACCAUACGAUAGAAAAAAAAGAGGGGGAUUGCUCUCCUGUCAUAGCGUCCAAGUACAGCGACAUGCUGAUCUCGGUGUGUUCGUAAUUUGCCUCGGUAUUGGUCCCCGAAUGAUUCGGUACGGGGUACGACGUUGAUAAAAGAUAGGCAGUUGGCCCGAAAGGGAUUCAGUAUUCUCUCGUUAUUCAUAGUGUUAAGCGCAAUAUAAAAAACCUCCCAUGAACAAUUCCAUAAAAUCGUCGAGUCAACAUUAAACCGCUUCCAAUGAUCGGUAAGACCGGUCCGAUUGUCUGCUUAUCAUAAAGUGAUUCGAAACGCAUUAAAGAGACAUUUAAAAAUCAUUAAAAAGUCAAUGGAUAAAAACUAUUAACUAAAAUCAUGAUGUCGUCCCCACCGCGAUCAUCAGCUCGGGAAUGGGAAGCUGACGUUCACUUCCAGAUCUUCAUGUAAAUAAAUAAUACUGAAUAUGGAUAACGAAGUGAACGAGACAGAAAUGAUGAUUUGAUGAUGAGUUGCAUUGAAACGAGAGAAUUGGAUCCCCAAGACUGGAUGAUGAUUGAGCUGAGGAGUGGUGCCGGCAUGACAGCAUCAGCAUUAGACAGGCCAGCAUCAUCGCGCAUUCAUUACACUAUUCUGAUUAUUCUCGAUGCUAUAUUCUCAGCAUUUGUAGCAGCUCCAGCUGUUGUUGGAUACUGGAGAGGCACAUGGGGACUUAGUGAUCUUUACAUGUUUCCAAAUGAUCCGGUAUUGAGUAAUUUGACAUCAAUUGCCGUUGGUUACGGUGGUUUAUUAUUUUUCAAUGUUGUGCAAGGACAUUUUAAUGAUAUUUUUCAUCCGGACAAACACAGAUUGUUUUAUUACGUUGGGUCCAGAAUUUACACUGCCGUUUUUGGAUUUUGCUGUGUUAAUGCGUGGCGCGGGGGGUGGCAAGCACUUGAUAUUUAUACGGAACAAGCAAGCGGUACUGUUAUGGCUACAACUCUUCUUGCACUUGCUGCACUAAUUUUUAUGAAAGCUGUGAGAAAUAUUUCAGCACCACCUUGUUCACUCAGUCUCGACUCACAUCCGGGGUAUUUCGAAGUGCCCACUAUGUUUCGAGUUGACAACUCUCGUGACUGUACAUUAUACAUAUUAGAUUGUGCAUUCAGUGUGGGAGUGGUUGGUACCCUAGUUGUCUUCGUGUGGAGAGGUAUUUGGGUGCUUCUGGACAAUCAUCUUUUCCCGGACAAUCGAGAAUACUCGGCCAUUGGGUCAAUGGUAAUAGGCUACAUUAUAGUGGCAAUUACCUUCUGUUUCCAACCGGUGAUGCGCUACGUAUGCAGUCGUCUGCAAGGAUUGUCUCGUCUUCUCGCAGCGGACGCAUUUCUCGUCCUCAGUUUCCUGGGAACGGUGAACGUCUGGCGAGGCAUCUGGGGCCUCCUGGAGGUCUGGCUCUUUCCCGAAAAUAUGGAACUCUCUUGCUGGAUCACCCACGCCGGGUGCUUCCUCUUCCUGGGGCUUCUGAACUGCAGCAACUCGAUCCUCGUCCGAGGGGUGUACAUCGAUGCUGAAGAGGAGGAGGGAAAGUGCGUGGUCUUCCCCUGUCAUUAUCUGAGGCUCUUCUUCAAGAUUGAACGCGAGAAGAAAGAAGCCAGACGUCGUACCCACUUGGUCCCAUCCCGAGACUAUCCCCCGAGUGAAAGUGGAGGCAAAGAUGCUGAAAAUGGUGCUCUCCUCAAUUGUUCCCCAUUGCCAACGAUAAUUCCAGCGAACCCUGAGUGCCUGGUGCUGAAAUAAACGUCACCACGAGGCCACGAAAAUCAUGCCCAACGCGAAGUCAUUGAGAGAACGCAACAGGGAAUGAAAUAUGACACUCACCGAAUUGAGAAAUGACAAUGAACUUCGCUUAACUCGCGUGAGAAAAUAUGGGCAAUCUUGUAAAUGAUAUUUAUUUUCACUAGUACCAAGAAAUAACAAUAAACUUUAUGUAAAUAUUUUUCAAUAAA